AUGGAAUUUCCGCUGGGUGACUUUGCAGACAGCGAUGAGGAGAACAGUGGGCCGAGCGCGAGGGAACUGCGCAUUGAUCGCGCAUUCCAGCAGAGCAAGGAGAGUUACAAAAACGAACUGGUUUCUCUCAAUCAUUCAUGGUUCGAUUGCAAGCUAGAAGAUGUCCCUAUUCUUCCUGCCACGCAGCUCUUGGGGUUUCACAGCCUAGAUGCAUCCGCCCAUGCAGCCUAUCUCAAAAAGGAUUACCAUCUCGCUCUUUCAUGGUGCCUUGCCUACUUGGACGGUGUAAGAGGUGGUAAUAUUAUUGUCUCAGGCAACAGCUCUGCCCGGGAAAAGGAACUCUUUGACAUUGCCAUAAGGAGCGCCAUCCGAUCUGGCUCCAAGGACCAAGCUUAUCAUCUCGCUUCACGGGCCUUGUCUCAUCCCACGCUUUCUGCUUCCAUUGCAGAGGCAUUCAUCUUCUCGGGUCAUCCUAGAGACGCUGUCUCUUCAUUGCUCAAGUCAUCCUCCGCAAGAAGCCGUGGCCACCCUUUCGUCAAAUUACUCUCCCAAGCUUUCCUUGCAUGGGAAAAACAAAUAUCUAAAUCGGAUGAACAUCUCAAGGCGUCCCUCCAUACAUUGCAUGGACUCCUGGAAGGUUCCGUUCGGCGAACAGCUUAUUUCUCUAAACAUUUAUUCCCCGGAGACGAGCCAUCAUCUAAACCAGAUCUCAACAAUCAGCCAAAGCCUUCUAAAAUAGAAGCGGAAACACUACAACAAUUGUGCACAACUGCCGGCUUAGACGAUUGCGAAUCGCGUCGGCUGGUGCAUUUGCUCACCAGUAGCGAAUCAAACGUUUCUCAAACCAACAGCGACGACAGAUCAGUUAGGACGCUGUAA